CUUCAGAGUGCGGGCACGAUAGUGCAUGCCACCACUCACUCGAUCACAGACCAAGGCCAUGGACCGGAAGGCGGGGGAAUCCCUCCUGGCCUAUGAGGAACGCCUGGCUGCUUUCAUCCAGGAGGCCAACGAUAGGGCCGCCGCCGCGGCCAAGGAACGUAGUCAGAUUGAGCAAGAAGAGGAGGCCAAGCGACGGAAGGAGGAACAGGACAGACUUCGUCAAGAGGAGGCAGACCUGCAGGCGGCAGCCGAACACUGGUCACGCCAGCGGGAACGACUGUUCGCGCGGGAGACCGUGAUCGGCGAUGAGGCCGCACAUUGGCUGGAAGUGGCAUCUGCAGACGGGGCCCCGGAGACUGAGAAAGGGCUGUCAGCCUUUGCGCAGGUCUCCCACGACCUCUUGGAGACGCAGGUCCAGGCUGCUGCCACCGUGACGCCCGCGGCCGCAUCCUCCAGGCGCCCACCCAAGCUAGAUGACAUUCCAGUUUUCUGCGAUCAGUCCAAGACGGAACCGAUCCCGUGGUGGCGCCAGUUCACUCUCAGGCUCGACAUGCACCAUGUCCCGAACAACGAUCGACAUCCGUGCUUGUACCACCGAUCUGGUGGUGUGUGUCAAGCAUUGCUGGACAACAUCUUGACCAGCCACGGCGUAGCAGUGUCGGAACUGCACACCAAGCUCACUUGGCAGGAGUUGACUAACGCCUGGCACAAGCGAUUCCAAGUGGAGCCGCCCGACCUGCAAGCGAUGGACAAGCUCAACAAGCUCCAUCAGAACACGCUACUCAGUCAGGACUGGAUUACCGAGUUCCAAAGACUCUCCUCCACACCUGACCUGCCGCUCGCAUUCCGCGCCAUCAAGCACUUGUUUAUCAUGCGCUCGUGUCCAGCUCUGCAAAAUGCGCUGACGCAGAUUGCAGAGACACUCGACACAUCUGACAAGCUUUUCAGCACAGCGUCACGGAUCAUUCUCACGAAUAUCGAAGCCCGCAACGCCGGCCGAUCUUCCGCGGCGACGAGCGGCACCCAGCCCAAGCCAAAGGUGGCUUGCAUUACUUCUACCGAGGCUGCAACACCAAACGAGGAUGAAGUGUUGGCAGCUGCCCGGGAUGGUGGCCGGCCGUGCAACAACCACGGCCGCGACAAGACGAAGACUCAGUCCACCUCUACACCGAGCACCGGAUCGCCGACAAACCUUGGGCACAAUACGGACUCUCGGCAAAUUCCUAUCGCACGCGUCUCAAGUACCGUUAUUGCCUUUGGUGCAACAGCACCAUCCACGAUGCUGCACAUUGCCCCACCAAGGGGAAACCCCGUCCGGGAAAGUAGGCGCCGCCAAGGUCUUCCACUUUCGUUCGAAGACUUCGAUGCCCGGCUCGUUCCUUCACUGGAUGCUUCUCAAGGACAAGAUACAUGUGCGGCUUUCUCACCGUCCGAAGGUUCUUCCGCCAGUUCGUCUUCAUUAAGGGAUUCGGCAAGCGUGUUCAACGAGGAGGCUUUGGACCCGCUCACGCCCGAGGACUUCGCUUGGAUUCMUCUCCCUACGACGGGCAACCUUCCGGGGUCGCAAAGCGCAGCCCUAUGCGCCCUCUUACACGAGUAUAUUUCCUUCCAUGCACCACCAACUUCGCCGACGGUAGACGAAGUCGCGGUAUGGGACAUGCUUGGCUAUGUUGCCAAGGUGGCCCGCGAGUUUGUCUCGCAAUGGUACGAAGAAAACAACGCACCGUUGCUCUACGUUCGCAUUCAGAUYGGGCAAGCGGCMUGCAACGCUUUGCUARAUUGCGGCGCAACUCGCAACUUCAUCAGCCAGUCCUUCAUGACUCGGGCUSGCCUUGGCGCRCAAGUACGGAGGAAGUCRCAUCCRACGACGGUCGCUCUUGCYGACRGUAAGACGAAACAACUUUUGGACCGUUACAUCUCGGCUGUCCCGGUGUACUUUGCACCGCACGCAUGUGAACCCGUCACUUUUGACGUGUUGGACACCGACUUCGAUGUCAUUUUGGGGAUGCCUUGGAUUUCUAGCGCGGACCACACGGUCAAUUUCCAUCGACGCACGCUCACGAUUCGUGAUGCAACUGGCGUCGAGGUCCCGUGUACUAUUCCUCCUCCUCGCUCUUCCAUUCGGUGCCAAGUCGUAAGUGUCAAAUCUUUUCGAGACACAUGCCGUUCCGAGCAUGUCGAAGAGAUUGGCAUCGCUUUUCUUCGAAUCGUCCCGACGACCGAUUCAUCGUCCACGGAUGUGUCUUCCGACCCCCGUGUGACCCGGUUGUUAGACGAGUUCUCAGAUGUUUUUGAGACACCCUCCGGUAUAGUGCCGGACCGGCCAAUCUCUCACGAGAUCAUACUUGAGGCCGGCGCCGUGCCACCGAAAGGAUGCAUUUAUCGCAUGUCCGAGGAGGAGCUCACGGUUCUCAGUGCACAACUCGACGAUCUACUUGACAAGGGUUGGAUCCGCCCUAGCAGCUCACCUUACGAGUUUGGGCGGCGCCAAGUACCUCCCGUGAAUUCGAUCGACGAUGCACGAAAGAAGGAGCUUCUUACCUUCGUCUACGCCCUCAAGCGUUGGCGACAUUUCCUCCUUGAUCGGAAAGCAUUCCGAUGGGUAACGAAUAACAAUCCGUUGGUAUUCUACAAGUCGCAAGACACGAUUAAUAGUACCAUUGCCCGAUGGAUGACUUUCAUCGACCAGUUUGACUUUUUCCCCGAUCACAUUCCCGGGAAGUCAAACCGUUUUGCGGACGCCCUCUCACGACGACCGGAUCUUUGCACCGCAGUCUACUCUACCUUCGAGAUCGACGACGACUUGUGGGAGAGUUUCAUCCGCGGCUAUCAAGUCGACCCCCACUUUCGCGACAAGUACGCGAAUUGCUCCUCUCCGAAUCCGGUGCCUUCGCAUUAUCGGAUCCAAGAGGGCUACUUACUUGUGCAUUCACGGGGUAAGGAUCUUCUUUGUGUGCCGAGUGAUUCACACUUACGCACACGGCUUCUUAGCGAGUUUCAUGAUGCGCCCGCCUCCGGACAUUUUGGUGUCAACCGUACACUUGGCCGACUUCGCCAACAGUUCUAUUGGCCCGACCUUCUCAAGGGCGCCACCCGCUAUUGUGAGUCGUGCGAAGUCUGUCGGCGUUGCAAGUCACGCAACCAUCGUCCGUUUGGCGCGCUACACCCACUACCAGUUCCCCUUGGGCGACGGGAAGCGAUUGCUAUGGAUAUCACCGGCCCCUUCCCAAAGCACAACACCGGCGUUGAUGGGAUCCUCAUGGUCGUCGACCGCCUCACCACGUACGCCAUGUUUUUGCCUUGCCGCUAUCACGCAAAGGCACCGGAGUUAGCCGAGGUCUUAUACACCGGUUGGAUUAGCUCCAAGGGCUACCCCAAGGAGAUCGUUUGCGACCGGGACACUCGCUUUCUCUCUGACUUUUGGGUCGCCCUCGUCAAGCAAUGGGGCUCAUCUUUGAAGCCGAGUUCGGCUCGCCGCCCGCAAACCGAUGGUCAAACGGAAAGGGUGCAUCAGACCGCUCAAGUCCUUCUAUGCACUCUCAUCCGUCCCGACCAGGUUGAUUGGGUUGAGCGCUUGCCAGACGUUGAGUUGGCUUACAACUCAUCGAUCCAUCCGGCUAUCGAGAUGUCGCCAUUCGAGUUUGAGCAUGGUUCACCCAUCUCAUCGCCGCUGGACGCCACUUUGCCGUGCACAGCCGAGAGUGACGACCAUCUUGCGUUCCUUCGUCGCAUGCAAGAGCUUCUUGUCAAGGCACGGGAUCAGAUGUUGAAGACACAAAUACGGAUGAGCGGUCAAGCCAACCGCAAUCGCCUUCCUUGCCCGUUCCGCGCCGACGAUCUGGUUUGGGUCUCCGCCGCGGAGUUCAGCCUUGAGCAAGACAUCUCUCGCAAGCUCCUUCCCAAGUGGAUGGGGCCUUGGCGCAUUCUCUCUGCAGUUGGUGAUGAUCCCGAGGGGCCUUCAUUCCGCAUCGCGGAACCGGACUGACGCUCCCCAGAAUAGAAGGAGCCAGGACCAUAAGGCCCUGUUUUUUUUUGACAAAAAAAUAAAAAUAAAAAAAUCCAACAAAAUUAUCACAUUAAA